AUGCCUGAGAGGGGUCAGAAGUUAUUAAUGGCUUUGUCAUCGCAAAGGAAACAAUUAUUCGGUGAAGCUGUCAGCAGAAAAACGAUGUGUCGGUCAUGCUCGGUCACCAGAACAAUGGCUGCUCAAGAGCAUGUCUGGCCAGUCCCAAUGAAGGCAAUUGGAGCACAAAACCUUUUGACAAUGCCUGGAGGAGUGACCAAAUCAGGGUAUCUUCAUAAAAAAGGAGGCACCCAGCUGCAGAUCUUGAAGUGGCCAUUGAGAUUUGUGAUUAUCCAUGAGGGAUGUAUUUACUAUUUCAAGAGCAGCACAUCUGCAUCUCCGCAGGGUGCAUUUUCUUUGAAUGGUUACAACAGGGUUAUGCGGGCAGCUGAGGAGACAACAUCAAGCAAUGUGUUUCCUUUCAAGUUAGUUCACAUUAGCAAGAAGCACAGGACGUGGUUUUUUUCAGCUUCUUCUGAAGAUGAAAGAAAGAAUUGGAUGCUGUCCUUGAGGAGGGAAAUCGAUCACUACCAUGACAAGAAAGAAACAGUAACAGAAUUCAGUGACUCUGGUUCGGAUGCAGACAGUUUCUAUGGCUCCGUAGAACGUCCCAUUGAUAUCAAGUAUUCUCAGCAUUCAGCAGAUAAUGAAGAUUACGACCAGGAGGAAGAGGAUGAAUCUUACUUGCAGCCAGAUACUGACAUAGUGAAAGAUGAUAUGGUCCUGCCUCCAGCCUACCCACCUCCACCAGUACCUCACGUCAGAAAAGCUGCCUACUCAGAAUCAAGGGCAAAUUCCUUUGCUGGAAAACCUACUAUGCCGGUACCACCACCGCCUCCUAAAAGAAGCUUACCUGACAUCAAACUAGAGGAUCCCUUAAACGUGAGAGAACCCCAGUUACAGUGCCGAGCUGAACCUAAUCUAAAGAGUCAAUUCUCAAGCCGGAGACUCAGUGAACAGCUGCCCCCUGUACCCCCUGUACCUGUUUUCAAAAAGCCUGUGUGUGUCAAAGAAUCUUGCCCAUUGCCUCCAGAGCCUCUGCCUCGAGCUCAGGUUCUUGCUACUCCAGAAGGAUGCGAGAAACUGAAAACCUUAAACCUUUCACCACGAACUCCUCCUCCGCUACCGAGCAAUAAACCGAAGCUGUCACAGUUUCCUGAAAAACCAGUAGAGCCCAAAGUGCCAAGAGAACAUGGUAAACCUGGACUGUUUGUGCCACCAGUGCUCCCAAAACCACCAGUGCCAAGCCACCAGCCUCCUGCAAUCAAGCCUAGACCAGAGAAGCCUUUGUGUCCCCAGUUACAGAGAUCACCACCAGAUGGACAGAGUUUUAGAAGCUUCUCAUUUGAAAAACCAGCACUACCUUCCAAGCCAAACCAACCUGAUGAUGAUUCUGAUGAUGACUAUGAAAAAGUUGGGCUGCCUGCUUCGGUAUUUCUUAAUACCGCUGAAUCCUUCGAAGUUGAAAGGACAUUUAAAGCUAGUAGCCCACGGGGACAACCGCAAAAUGGAUUGUACUGUAUUAGGAACUCCUCUACAAAGCCUGGAAAGGUAUUGGUUGUAUGGGAUGAAUCUGCAGAAAAAGUAAGAAACUACAGAAUCUUUGAAAAGGACUGCAAGUUUUACCUGGAUUCAGACAUGAUGUUUUUGAACAUGGGAAGUUUGGUCGAAUACUAUAGCACUCAUGUCUUACCUAGUCAUGACAGCCUGAUUCUUCGGUGUCCUUAUGGUUACUCUAAACCCAGGUGA